AUGUUACAUGUUUCUAGCCUUGGUAUAAAUGACUUACCUGAUUCAAUCGACGAGCUGGUAUCAUUGUCUGAUGCAGCCCCGUAUCUUCGCCGAGGUGUGUCAUCCUUGAACGCAGCUCUGCUCGACGUUCUCGACUACAGAAAGAACUCGUACAGAAUCCAUCCAUUCUUCACUAAUGAAUACCCUGUUGGAAAUGGCGUCUCGCUUGAACUGCCUAUCAACACCGAGUGA